AUGCGAUUGUUAAGAUUAUCGUAUGUACUCGGCUGCCGUUCAAGCGGAUAUCCGGGAUUAACGUUGCUGGUUUUGUGCGCAUUCGAGGUGCUCGUCGAACGAGGACGUGCUCGAAAUGACGCGAAACGAACUGGGAAUGAGCUCGAACGCUUCUCAACAGCCGACAUUCGAACAGAGCUAUUUCUCGGGAAUGGCACUGUAGCGCUUGGUUGA